AUGUCAGAACAAGUUAGCAGAAGUGACACUUCAUGUCAUAGAAACGAAUCGCUGUCUGUUCCAGGGCGAAAGGAAGUUGAAAUUGAAGGAUCUGAUUUUGUAUAUGAGUUUGUGUGUGAUCCAUGUCAAGAGGAAAGUCAUCAGUACGUAGCAUUUGGAUUCUGUUCUAACUGCAAUCACUAUCUGUGUAAAACAUGUUAUACAGUACAUUGUCGUCCGUUACCGACAAGAAACCACAACCUGCUGGACAAAGAUCGUAUGCCCAAAAACCGACCGCGAUUGUCUACUGGCAAUCAUGACAUGGACGAAAAAUGUGAAAAACAUAGCGGAAAAAUAGUGGAGUAUUUCUGCCAAAAUCACGAUGCAAUCGGUUGUUCUGUGUGCAUUACACUGGAUCAUAAACUAUGUGGCGGAGUUCAGUUUGUACCAGCUAUAAUGGUCGACAAAGAUAAAGCCCGCAUGGUUAUGCAGGAGCUUUCCUCAUUGAAUGGCAAUGCAAAAGAUAAACAGGAACGCUUAAAUCAAUGGUUAGCACUUAGUGAACAAAGCUUUGACAACGCUGUGCAAGAUGCAAGAACAUUUUCUUUAGAAAUGAAAACUUCUAUAGAAAUGCUUGAAAAGAAGUUCGAAAAAACAGCUCAGAGCCAUCGUGAUACAACAGUGAAUUUCAGAGGCCUUGAAAUUGACAACUUAAAGAAAGUUAUCCAGCAAACAGAGUCUCUAAGUAAGGACAUGACAUUCUAUCAAUCGGGCGAUAAAAACGCACGGUUAUUCAUCGCGAUGAAAAAGGCAGAGCAAAUGAUUGCAUCUUAUUCUCAUGUCAAUGACAAUGAUGUUCUCGAUUUCAACUAUACAUUUCAACCGAAUGAAGACUUAGCAAAUCUCCAAGACAGUAUAAAGACUCUAGGGGAAGUCCAUGUAGUAUGCAAAACAAACGAAGGUGGUGAAGACAAUGCGUCGAAUCUAUCUCGUGUUAAUGUUAAAACCUCAAUGAAGCAGUUUGCUGCACAUUCGAAGGACGAUACUUCAGACUGCCUUAUUGUGGGAGUAGUUUCUAUAGGUGAUCCUUUAAGAAAAAUCGUUGCUGACGCCGGUAAUAACCAAAUCAAAGUUAUAAAAGGGUAUUCAGACACAUUAACUACUUCUUUGAAAAUACCUUCCCGACCAUUUGCAAUGGCAAAAUUCAGUGAUAACAAAGUUUGCGUCACCAUGCCAGAGGAAGAGAAAAUCAUAGUCGUCUCAAUAUCCAAGUUUAUGUUUACGAAAGAUACGAUACGCGUAGCAAAAUCUAUAACAUGCAGAGGGAAAUGUUACGGAAUGGCAAUAGACCGCAUUGAUGAAGAAAUAAUGAUAGUGUGCGAAUAUGAAAAAGAUCAGUUUGCGAUUGAUAUCCUUAAUUUUGACGGCAAAACACUGAGGCAUUUUAAGUGCAAAGAGGAAAAUGAUAUUCCAAGAUAUAUUGAAGUUACAAAUAGUCAUAUUUUUACCCUUGACAGUAUCAAUGGCGUUCUUAAAAGAAGGAAAAGACUGAACGGUAUGGUCGAAAAUACGUGCACGGUUGAACAAGCGUUAUAUUUUACAUUAACUAAAAAUUAUUUGAUAGUUGUAACUGGAUCGCCACAAAAAUUACGUAUUUUUGAUCAUGACUUCCAUGACUUGAAUGCUGAAGGCGAGCUGUGUGACAAAGGUAAUACCAUUGUAUGUGUUGGUAAUGAUUAUGGUGAUUCAUUGUACAUUGCCUUUAGUGCCGGAUAUGUUCAAGAAUACAAACUUUGUAAAUAA